UGAAAUAGACUGCCGCUAAAAGUUUUAGAUUUGCGCGACUUAAAACCCCUGCUAUCCAUUAUUCCCUCAUUUUUUUUAAUUAACAAAUGUUUUUCCCCUAAACCCACUACUCCCAGCUCCAAACUUUCCUUUCUCACCUCUUCACAACUCUUCGCUAUUUCCAUUUUCUCUCUUUCCAGUGGGAAAAUUAAGUAUUUUUUUCUUCGGUUCAUAGAAAUUAAGAUCGGUGAAUUCAUGAUUUGGAGUUGAAAUGGAGUGAAGGAAGAUAGGGUUUAAACAAGGACUGUUUUUCAUCGCGUCAUGUAUAAUCUGCCUAUUUCAGCUGUGUGCUUGGCCCAAUAAAAUGCAACUUUGACGCGGAGGAGUAUGGCCUGGUGACCCUUCAUCCCUCAUCUUAGACACGCACACAUGCCUAUUCGUGUACAAGCUAAGUUUAUAUCACAAGUACAGACAUGGCGUUAACUAAAUGUUAACAACCCACUCACUUCAGAUAGGUUCAGCAAAAUGGGUUGAAGAAAAUUGGGAAAUUCUAGCUGCAAGGAUCGUCGCCUACUUGAACGUUGAUUGUGCAGUUCAAGGGGGCCCUUUUCGAGCCUCUGCAACCCCGCAGCUUGAUGAUAUAAUCAUAGAAGCUGCUCAGCAGGCUUUUUUCAUUCCUGCUCUUUUGGCCGUGCAAUAUAAGAGAAUACUGCCAAGUGAUGCGGCUAGUGGACCCAUUUCGCCUAUGGAUGCAACUAAAUUUCGUGAUGAUAAUGAUCCUAAUGACAUUCUUUGAUUUCGUUGCACUUGUAUUGGAUAUUUAGUUAUGAUGAUGUAAUUGUGUGGUUAGAGUGGAUCUUAGAAUAUUGAAGUUUUUGUGUUUAAAUUUGAUUUUAGAGUUUGAAGAUACUAGUUAAUAUUGAAAAAUUGGAGUUUGAAGAUGUUAAUGUUGAAAAUUUAAUCUUGAAGUUUAAUGUUCAA